AUGAAUGACGAUAUCUCUUUCGCAAGCUUUGGCUUGGUGGUCCUUGACGAGAUUCGGUUUCCUAAUCGGAAACCUUUAACAAAUGUACUAGGAGGGUCCGGAGCUUACGCGACUCUGGGUGCUCGAUUAUUUCUCCCUUCUCCGCAGAGCCGCUCAAUAGUCUGGCCGAUCAAUAUUGGAAAUGACUUCCCAGAACCCAUUACAAAACUGUUGCAGAGCUGGAAUACACAGUUGGUUGUUAAACAAGCAUUAGAUCAACUCUCGACUCGAGGGUUACUGGAGUAUCAAGAUACCACAUUCGGACCCAAGAAAUUCAAAUAUACCACACCAGUUCUCACAAUGCAAGAAUAUCAAAGCACUGCGCUGCUGUCUUCAAAAGUAUACCACUAUCUCGCCACCCCGGAAGAAAUGAAAACACGCAUAUCAAACAUCCUCGCUCUUCGAACACAAAUCGGUAUCCAAGAACGACCUUUACUAAUCUGGGAGCCUGCACCACUGGCAUGCAAGGCAGACACUCUCCAAACGUGUCUAGAGGCUGCAGCGUUAGUGGAUGUGUUCAGUCCAAACCACAUAGAGUUGGCGCACCUUUUCCAGGAUUCUCCCAUUCCCCCUGAUAAAUUCGACAUCGAGAGAUUGGCUUUGAAAAUCUUAGACAGUGGAGUCGGUCCCGAAGGAAACGGCGUAGUGGUUAUUCGAGCUGGUGAAAAUGGCUGUCUCGUUCAAUCGCGCGGCCUUGCUCGGAAGUGGAUUCCUCCGUUUUAUGAGACGGGAAUGGAAGAAGGGCAGGCUUCUAACGUUGUUGAUCCGACUGGGGCUGGGAAUGCUUUUCUGGGAGCAUUUUCCGUUGGAUGGAUUCAUACCGGGGGUGAUAUAGUCGAGGCAGCUUCUUACGGGUCUGUUGCUGCAUCGUUUGCGUUGGAGCAGGGCUAG